AUUUCGUCAAUGGAGAGCCAGAUCAGCAGAUACGACAUGCUCUUUCCACUUGCACGAGUCCAUUGUUGAAUGCUGCUGAUGCCCCAAAAAAUGCCAGCUUCCCAUUCCAGGGAACUCUACUACUGGAUUCAAGAAUCUCAAAAAUCUACGUCAAAUUCACGAUCAACCACGAAUACAAAGUAACCCUCCUGACAAUCUUAAUCCUCUUGAGAAACCUUCUUGAAAGUUUCCUUUAUCUUGUAAAAAAUGCCUCACUAAUUCUCUGCUAUUUCCACUCUGAAAACUAAAUAUUACAGCUUUAACUUGGAUGGUUGAUUGUCAAUCUGACAUUAGCGAUUCCAGGCAAGAGGAUGAUUUAGAUUCGAACGGUGCAGUGGUUGCAAAAACAAGGCACCAAGCACAUGGCAAAAAGUUGAGAAGAAAUGAGCUUAAUGAGCAUUUUCAAGAGUUGGGAAAUAUACUAGAUUCAGUUAGGCUCAAGAAUGACGAGGCAACGAUCGUUAUCAGCCCAAUCCAAGCACUGAAAGAUUUAGCUUCUGAAGUCAGCAGACUACAGUCUGAACAAGCAGCAAUUCUUCAAGAUAUUAAAAAGCUUGCAAAGGAGAACAAAGAGUUAAGAGAAAAGACUUCUCUGCAAUUUGAUGUUGGGGCUUUUGAAGUGCAACGCCAGCAAAGACAUAGAUCCAUGUUUCCAAGAUCUGCAAUUGAUCCUUCAGCUGUCAUGGCUUGUGCAUUUUCAUAUCCAGUUGCUCAAUCUGUCUCCUCUGGUCCAUAUCCAAGGCAUACUCCAUCUCUGCAUCCAAAGCCCUUUUUGGCAAAUCAAUCUGCUGUCCCAUCUGAUCCUGGUGUGAUGAUGAUCCUGCGUUCAGCUGCUGCAACUCCGCACAUCAAUAAGCCAUCUUCCAGGAAUGCUUCAACACCUUGCAUUUUUGGCAAGGAAAUUGCCAGAAAUGGAUCAUCUGGUCAAGACAGAAGUGGUAAUGGUGAGAAAAGUGGUGAUAUUCCUGAUAUGGUAACUGAUUUGGAGCUUGCAAUUCCAGGAUCUACAGCUCAGAAGCCAUUGCCUCGAGACAAGGGCAAGCGACCACUGAGGGACUAGCCAAUUAUUUGAGGAAGUGUUCUUUCCUCUGAAGGUCCCCAAGCACUGUCAUCAAUAUUUCACUGUGUUAAAUAUCAUGAGCCCCAUAGCCUGCAUAUAUGUAUGUUGUGGUAGCCUGUUCUUUCCCCAGUGAUCUUCUAGUCCGAGUCCUACACAGCUGAGUCUUCAGAUACAAAUAUAUGAGGCUAGAAAUGAAGCUGUAGUCUUAGCAAUUUGCUGGACAUCUUUAGCUAAAGACAAGCUUGUUAGAAACUCUAGUUCAUGAAUAUUAGACUUAUGUUAUCUUACAUGAAUGGAUUUCCAGCAAUGUGCUUAUUUAUUGCUUUAGU